AACGUAAGAUACGUACGUAAGCGAACGCAACAAUGGCGACCUAAGGAAUUGGCGUGCGCUUCUUCACUCGAUAUCAUUUUGACACCCCACCAGUGUUUACGCUGCCUCGAUAUAAGAAUCUAUGAAGGUGAAAUCCGUUAGUGUUAAGGAAAAAUAUGUGACUUAUAAAAGAGUAAUUUGAGAAAAGAAGUGGCUCGUUAUACGUCUCUCUCUCAAAAGUUAUUUAAGCGCACGACACGAUUCAUGGUGUUGGUCUUUGGCGAAAAAACUCACGAACGAUGUAUACUACCAUAUCGCGCCAGAUGUAACGCACUGUGGUGCUCGUACGGCAUGGUAAAAUAGGGGAAGAGAACGAAGGAGAUGAGCCACAAUAUUGCAGGCAUGCCACCCUUCGCGAGGAUGCCUUUGGGGGGUAUGGGAAUGGGUGUGAGCAUGGGUCCUAGUGCCCCGCAUCCUGAAACUUCUGCUCACCCCCAUCCUCCGCCACCACCACCUGCCGGUGCCAAUCCUAAGAAAAAAAGGCGUACCAAUGCCAGCGUAGCACAGCCACCCCCGCAACAACCUCCAACUGCACAGGAUUUACUACCUCCACCAUUAACCGGUUAUGGGGAUACGAUAGUCGCGAGUAAUCCGUUUGACGAUACGCCCCCACAGACCACUCAAAGUCCCAUGAUGCACGGCGGUCCACCACAUAUGCAUCCUCAUCAUCCUCAUCAUAUGGGUGGACCGCCGAUGCGUGGUAUGAGUCCUCUUACUUCUAUUGGCGGUAUGAGUCCUAUGAUGCCACAUAAUAUGGGUAGUAUGAGCCCAAUGGGAAAUUCACCAAUGUCAAAUCAUAUGAACCACAUGGGUGGAAUGUCUCCCAUGAAUCAUACGCCUAUAGGUGGUAUAAGUCCUAUGAAUAAUAUGGGACCAAACAUGCCACCUGGUCCAAUGAAUACUAUGAAUAAUCAUAUGAACAUGAGUCAUAUGGGAAAUUCGCAAUUAAGCGGUCCACCUAUGGGUAGUCCAAUGAAUAACAUGAACAGUGGACCCAUGGGUAGUCCCAUGAAUAAUAUGGGACAUAGUAUGGGAAGUCCUAUGGGUGGUCCAUUAGGAUCACCCAUGAACACUAUGGGUGGAUCGAAUCAUAUGCCAAACGGACCAAUGAACAUGAACAAUAUGAAUAGCCAUAUACCACCCAAUAGUCCUUUAAAUGGUCCGUCUAUAAACAAUGUUAAUGUCAACAGUCCGUUAGGACAUAAUGGAUCUCAACCACAUCCGAAUCAUAUGGGAAAUAAUCUUAGUAAUAUAGGAAGACCUAUGAAUGGUCCUAUGACAACCAUGAGUUCCAUGGUCUCGAAUAAUAUGAAUAUGAGCGGGCCAAGUCAAAUGAAUAAUAUCAAUAUGGGAGGUCCACCAAUGAACAAUAUGUCCAAUAUGAAUAUGAGCCAUCAUAAUCAAAUGGGACAUAUGCCAGGACCAAUGGGUACAAUUUCCAGCAAUAUAGGAGGUGGUCCACCUAUGGGUCAUGCUAUAAAUAUGGGUGGAUCUAUGCCACCUCAUGGAUUUCAAGGCCCACCAGGAAUGGGCCCAAAACCAAUGCCUGUUUCUGCAGGAAAAAUAUAUCCUCCGGAUCAAGCUAUGGUAUUUAAUCCACAAAAUCCUAACGCACCACCAAUUUAUCCUUGUGGAGUUUGCCAUAAAGAGGUGCACGAUAACGAUCAAGCAAUCCCUUGUGAAUCUGGCUGUAAUUUUUGGUUUCAUAGGGGAUGCACAGGAUUGUCGGAGACAGCCUUUCAACUAUUAACUGCAGAAAUUUAUGCCGAGUGGGUGUGUGAUAAGUGCUUGCAAUCGAAAAGCAUACCUUUGGUUAAGUUUAAACCAUAACACUUCUUGACCCGUCGUAUAUGCGACGCACGAGUGACUCUUUGUUAGCGUUUACACUUUGUACACGCACACACAUGCGCGUGCGAUUGCACACACGUAUACACACACACACACAUACAUACAUACAUACAUACAUACAUACAUAUAUACAUAUACACAAACACACACACAUAUACAUAGCACGGAUAGAUAGAUAGAUAGAGAGAGAGAGAAAGAGAGAGAGAGAUCAUACACAUAAUAAAUCACACGAAAUACAAAGAGAGAGAGAGAGAGAGAGAGAGAGAGAGAGAGAGCGAGAGAGAGAGAGAGAGAGAGAGAUACACAGAAAUACAUAAAAUACAUACAGCAAAGUCUACUGGUGCAGACGUUAAGUCGUGCAUAAAUAUAAACAUGCGCUGUUUGUUAACAACUUAGCUUUAACUUGUUGAAAAUAUUAGGGAAAGCGAUUCUGAGGACUUGAAAAUGAGAUUGAAAGUUGAUCGGAUAAAGGAAAUGGAAUUAAUACAAGAAAAUAAUUGCUUUAAAAUUUUGAGUCUGUUCGUGAUAAGUUGAUUCGCCUAUAUAUUUUCAAAUUAAUUUAUAUAUAUAGUUUCAAUUAAUUAAUUGAAAUGUCUUUAAUGAAUAUGGCUGUAGUAUCGAUUUGGCAUAUAUAUACAUAUAUAUAUAUAGAUAUAUGUGUAUAUAUACACGUAGAUACAUAUACAUAUAUAUAUAUAUAUACAUAUACAUACAUAUAUAUAUAUAUAUAUAUAUAAAGAAAUUUUAAAUACGAGAGAAACGUGAUUAAUAAAAUCAACAAGAAGAUUUUUAUUAUCGAGGCAUUUGAAGAACCCCUCUCUCCUACAGCUAAAUAAUAUUACGUUUUCAAAUGAACUGUUAUCUAAAUGCAUAAUAUAAGAAUUUAUACGGCAGUAACGAGAUACAAAUACAAUUGUUUGUAAAGAAACAAAAAUUUUAUUACUAACAACGGGUACUGCAUUCUUUUAACAUGUAUACAUAAUUAUUAUAGGUAAACUGUUGUCCUGUGUUUAUAUAACAAUUGUUAUAAUGUUUUUAUCCAUUGGUAUUUAGGUAAAACGACUAAAAAUAAUAAUGAGUUUUUAGUUUCAUGUCAAAUUCUCUAUACAAAGGUUUAACUUUGUACGACCAUACACACAAACACAAACACACACACACACACACACACACACAUACACACAAAAGAAAGAAAAAAAAAAGAAGAAAAAGAAACUUGUAUAUAAAGUAGCUUUGUUUUACAUGGAAAAUAUUCAUUCUUAUUGGCUUACGGAAUCCUUUUUUUUUAAAUAAAAUUAACAAA